AUGGCAGGUGAAAUAGUUUAUGCUGAUUUAAACAUUUUGGGAGCCUCCUCCAGCCCAUUGCAUCCACCUCGGCACCUCAAUCACCCUCAGCGUCCCUGCUGGCAUCGACUCGCUGCAAGGCUUGGAGCAGCUGGGAUCCUCAUCCUGCUGGGAACUGUGAUAGCAAUGGGCGUUUGGGUUUCUCAGCUCAAAGGACGUCUGAAUACACUGGAGAACAACAAUACCGUGGAGAGAAUCAUCCAUCAAUCCAACUGCAACACUGGCCUGAAAGAUUUCCAUUUCCGCUUGAAACAAUUUGUGUGUGAAUCAUCUCACAGCAACUCAGCAGAGGGAUCAGGGUGCAAGCUCUGCCCCCCAAACUGGCUGCUGCACAGGGACAAGUGCUACUGGGUGUCUAAAGAAAAAAAUCCCUGGGACAAGAGCCGCGAUGACUGUUCAAAGAGGAGCUCUCGGCUGCUGGUGAUCCAGGACCAGGAUGAGAUGACUUUCAUUCAAAAUACUACCAAAGACACAAACCAGAUCUGGCUUGGACUCACUGUUACAUCCUCUGCGAGGAAUUGGAUUUGGGUGGACGGCUCCCUGUUCAAUCCAACACUGUUCAAGUUAGUGGACCCUGCUGAAGGGAAAUGUGUGGUGAUAAAAGCAGGUGGAAUUCAGUGUGAAACCUGCACUACAGUCUCUAAAUGGAUUUGUGAAAAAGAUUCUCUCCCCAUUAGCCAGUGA